UAAUUAACUUCUCUAAUCUGUAUAACAUUAGUUCUUUUUCGUGCCAUCAAAUAUAAAUAGCUCUGCAGUGUUUGCAUUCAAAUGCAAGCAUCCCCAGACCUCAUUCAUGGACAACAGGAACAAAUGUGCAGGCUGCUACAAGCAGUUCACCAAGAUGGAGCAUCUUGUUGAGCACAUGAGGACUUCAUUCCACUCGAAUCACGAACCAAUAUGCGUAAUCUGCCACAAGCAUUGCCUCUCCUUUGAGUCUCUCCGAGAGCAUCUCAUAGGACCUCUGCCUAAAGCAGAAUGCGAGAGGAUAUUCAAGGACCGGGGUUGCGACGUUUGUCUUAAUAUUUUCAGCAGCCGCCACGCUCUUCAUCACCACAGAGACAAAUGCCACUUCUCCCGCGGAAGCAAUGGUAUAUUAUACAGAAUGGCGAACUUGGGAAUUCAAGACGAGUUGAGAAUGGACAACGCCAGAGGCAAAGUGGUGUCCAUGGCUUGCAAAAUGGUGGGAGGAGGAAGCGACGGCUCCUUGGACCUUUGCGCCCGUGUCUGCCUUAUUGAUGAACAUCAAAACCUAAUAUUUCACACUUAUGUCAACCCUAACCUUCCUGUCACACUUAUGUCAACCCUAACCUUCCUGUACGAGAUGACCGGAAUAAGGCCGGAAUAUUUGAGGGACGCGACCCCAGUGAGGCAAGUUGGGAGGAAGAUUCAGGACUACUUAUGCAAUGGGGAGCCAAUAUGGCAGAUAAGGUCUAGAAGUGGAAAAGCUCGGAUUCUUGUAGGCCUUGGCCUCGAUCACGAUUUGAAAUGCUUGGAGGUUGAAUAUCCUGAAUUGCUCAUCAGGGAUACUGCAAGAUAUCCGCCAUUGAUGAAGACGAGCAAGUUGAGCAACUCGUUGAAGUAUUUGACAAGAGCAUAUCUCGGAUAUGAGAUUCAGAAUGGGGUGCAAGAUCCGUACGAGGACAGUGUUGCAACGAUGAGGCUUUACAAGAGAAUGAGAUCACAAGAUCAUAGGGUGGAGAGUUAUCCAUUGGCUUCUGAUCAACAGAAUCGGAAUAACUUUGCAUCAUGGAGACAACUCGAGCUAGAGAGAAUGAGCCCGGAACGGAUGUUGGAGAUGUCUAGAUCAGAUUACUAUUGUUGGUGCUUGGACUCCAAAUGAAGUCCUCAUUCAUUUGGUGCACAACAAGAAACUUCAACUAUGUAAUAUGAUUAAUCCAAAGCCUUUGUCUUAGCGGCAAGAAGCUUAGAUAUUAUUGCAUGAGGUGCCAAGUUCGAGUCCUCUUGACAUCAGUUGUAAUUUCCUCUGGAGUUAAUUUUUUAAAUAAAAAAACUAUGUAAUAUGAUUACACUAUUAAUUUCUUUUGUUUUUUUGUAGUGGAUUUAUGUAUAGUAUCAGAAGAAACAAUAAUGCCAUUGCCAUGUGCACUU